CCUCAGCAGGGCCAGAGGGGGCCGCUCGUCCGCUGCGCCGCGCUUAGGGGGACACCCUGGGGAGGAUCGGGGUCUGCCCGGCGCCCCCCGGAGGCCCGGAUGGCUUGCAGCCCGGCUGGGCCUUCGGGUCCCGCGGGCGCCGCCAGUCAUCCGGGCCUCGCGGCGUCGCCGCGGUGUUUACCGGUUGCCCGAGGAGACGCGCCGGCGCGCACCGCCGGCUCCCGCGCCCGCCUAGCUUCCCGGCGCCACGGGUCUGAACGCGCCGCGGGGCUCCGGCCGCCAUGAGCUCCUCCGGCCCCCGGCGCCUGCAGCCCAUCGGCCCCGCCGCCUUCGGCGCCUCGCCGCCCGCGCCCGAGGAAACUUACGAUCGCCUCUUGGAAGUCCCGGUCACUCGGGAGCAAUUAAACCACUAUCGGAAUGUGGCCGAGACCGCCCGGAGUGAACUUGCGGCAACUCUGGUCAAAUUUGAAUCUGCUCAGGCCGAGCUUCGAGACCUGCAAUCCAAGAUGCGUUCUAAAGAAGUUUCCUGUCAAGAGUUGAAAGCCGAAAUGGAGAACUACAAAGAGAGCAAUGCCAGAAAAGCAUCUCUUCUCAUCUCUCUGAGAGACAGAGUUCAGGAGCUAGAAGAGGAAUCAGUGGUACUCUCCACUUCUAAAAUUAGAACGGAAAUCGCAGCUCACUCUGCAGUCAAGGAGAACCAGGAGUUAAAGAAGAACUUUGUAGAACUGGACGAGAAAUUACAAAAAUGUUUAAAGGACAACGAGGAGAAUAAGAAGCAAGUCUUGCAGAGCUGCAGGAAACAUGAGAAAUUUCUGGCGGCGCUCCGUGACUCCUUAGAUCCAGAGAAGAAGAAUGAAAAGGCAUCAGAUGAAGAUUUAAUUCUAAAGGUCGGAGAGCUGUGCAAGGAGAAUGCAUUGGUGAAAGGCCAAAUUGUUGCUCUUGAAGAGACCGUAAGUGUCCAUGAGAUGGAGGCAGAAGCUAGCAGAGAAACAAUCGUGAGGCUGGCUUCGGAAGUAAACAGAGAGCAGAAAAAAGCUGCCUCCUGCACUGAGGAGAAAGACAAGCUGAACCAGGACUUGCUCACUGCUGUAGAGGCAAAAGAAGCCCUUGAAAAGGAAGUUAAGAUCCUCCAAGAAAGGCUGCUUGCUGGCCAGCGGGUCUGGGAUGCCUCAAAGCAGGAGCUGAGCCUCUUGAAGAAAAGCUCCUUGGAGUUGGAAAAGAGUUGCAAGGCCAGUCUGGAUGCAGCCGCAGCCUCACAGAGCCAGUAUUCCUCUUUUAGGGAGAAAAUUGCAGCCCACCUGAGGGGUGGCUCCGGCCCACUUAAACCCACGGAGGACGCCAUAUUGGAGAGGAUUCGAGAAAUGGGCAGCCAGGAAGAGAGCGGGAAACAGAUGGUCACUCAGCUUGAAGCCCAAAUCUCUGAGCUUGUUGAACAGUUGGGAAACGAGUCUGGGUUUCACCAGAAAGCUCUGCAGAGAGCCCAGAAAGCAGAAAACAAGUUGGAGACCCUUCAGGGUCAGCUGACCCACCUGGAGGGAGAGCUGGUUUCUGGAGAUGUUUUGCGAGACACCUUGCAUGUUGAGAAGCAAAAAUAUCUUCAGUUCCUGGAUCAGCUUUCGGAGAAAAUGAAGUUGGAUCGGAUGGCUGCCGAACUUGGCUUCGACAUGCGUCUGGAGGUAGUUUUAGCCCGUACGGAGCAACUGGUCCGCCUGGAGAGCAACGCAGUCAUUGAACACAAGACAAUCGCCCACAAUUUACAGAGAAAGCUAAAGACUCAGAAAGAAAGACUGGAGAGCAAGGAGCUGCACGUGAACCUCCUCCGGCAGAAAAUAGCCCAGCUGGAGGAGGAGAGGCAGAUGCGAUCGGCCCUGACUGUGGAGCGGGACGAGGCCAAGGUCACCAUCAGGAAGUUGCAGAAACAGGUGGAGAGGCUGCAGAAGGAGCUCAGCCUGUGUCGACAAAUGAAUACUGAGCUCAAAGCCAAACUGGCCGACACCAAUGAGCUUAAGAUUAAAACUUUGGAACAGACCAAGACCAUUGAAGACCUAAAUAAAUCCAGAGACACACUGGAAAAGAUGAAGGAGAAGGCUGAGAAAAAGCUACUGUCUGUCAAAUCGGAACUGGAUACUGCGGAGCAUGAGGCUAAGGAGAAUAAAGAGAGGGCCAAGAACAUGCUGGAAGUGGUCACCAGUGAAACGAAGACACUAAAAAAAUCUCUGGAAGAAGCAGAAAAGAGAGAAAAGCAGCUGGUGGACUUCCGGGAGGUGGUUUCCCAGAUGCUGGGCUUGAACAUGUCCAGUCUUGCUCUUCCUGACUAUGAAAUCAUCAAAUGUCUUGAAAGACUGAUCCAUUCACACCAGCAUCCCUUUGUCACCUGUGCCUGCCUCAAAGAUGUGCCUACAAGGCAAGAUAGGCACCUGCAAGGCCACUUACAGCUUCUUCAUUGAACACUCUUGAGGAAGAGGGCGCUGAGAGCUAGGGCAUAAUCCUCAAUUUCACAAAUUCCCCAAACCUUUGAAAUUUGAACAGUAUGUGAAUAUUAUAUGCUUUGAUGAUAAGGCAAGAAUCAAUCAUUGAUGCAAAAGGAUCUCAAAGGUGCCAGCCUUGGAUAAAGGUUUGGCACUAAAAAAAAUCUAUUAUUUUCUUCGCUAGCACUUUGAACCGAGACGCAUUCCACUAGACUGGGUAUCUAGAAUGGGCAGUGAUGGCAGGGAUGAAUAUUUAGGGGCUAUCUAUUAUGACUCAGGAGUUCUACUGUCCAGUUUAAGUCUCCUAAUAACAAGGUGGAGAAACUUUAGUGUUUUUAGUUUACAACCUCUCUGGGGCUCAGCGAGGUGAUCUUGGCUACCUGCCUAUGACUAGGUUGUUAGUGACAGAACCAGAAUGAGUACCCUGUCGGCGCGGUAUCCAAGGUCAGGCGGUCUCAGCUGUUUCACAGUCCUCCCAUUUCUCCUCAACUCCUGGUGGAAGUUUCCCGCGUCAUAAAGGAAGGAAAACAUCUGUACAGUCAAGGAUUAAGGUCCAAAAGCGAGUGAGAUUUUAAGUGUCACCUAUGUGAUUUCUUUAAAAAGCAGUAUAUCUAAUUAUUUGGAUGAAACAGACAUAGGUCUGAGGUCCUGUUAAAAAAAGUACCUCUUUUAAAUGUUGCUACCGGAUCAUAUUUGGGGGUAGCCUUUAACGCUGGAACAGAGCUGAGCUCGGUACUCUAAAAACAAAUCUUUUAAGAUGAAAUAUGUAUAAGCUGAAGAAGUCCUACAUAGUUCAUUCACCAAUGUAUAAAAUAUCCCUAGAGCAGGGAUACUUUUUCACAAUCGAGAUAUUUAUAAUGAAUUUCUAUCACUUUCGGGAGUUCCCAUUGUGGCUCAGUGGGUUAGGAACCCAAGUAGUACCCAUGAAGAUGCGGGUUCAAUCCCUGGCCUCACUCAGUGGAUUAAGGAUCUGGCAUUUCCGUGAACUGUGGUGUAGGUCACAGACAUGGCUCGGAUCCCGUGUUGCAAUGUCUGUGGUGCAGGCCAGCAGUUGCAGCUCUGAUUCGACCCCUAGCCUGGGAACGAAAACAUUUUUUUAUUGAAUUUCUACGCCGAUAUUUUUCUGGAAACCGUAUUCUUAACUUCCUGAGAAAAAUCUGUUUCUGUUUCCCUUUUGGGUGAUUGUCCUAUUUAUACCACAUGAAAAUAAUUUUUAUAGUCCCUUAAAAGCAGUAGUGUCUAAUUUAAGGAGAGGGAAAGAAAUAGAUUAUAUCCAAACAUUGAGAGAAUACUGAAAACUCUAGAAGAAAGGAAACGAGUUGGGCAGCACACUGGGAGUGUGACCGAGGCUCUCUGCUGGGAGGUGGGUCAGCCCUGCCUGGCUUUUGCCAUCAUGUGCAGGGACAUUGUGAGGUGGCAUUUUUGCUGCUGCACAGCCCUGAGGCCACAGACUAGGUCUGCCACAGGCGGGGGAGGCAGCUGAUGAUUCUCCCAGGGGGAGGGCUGUGGUCUCUGGAAAUCCCUCCACAUGCUCCAGGGAUGCAGGGGCUGCUGCUCUGGACCCACGUCCACCUGGGAUUCCCUGUUUGGAUCUCUGGGGGAUAGAAUUGCUGAGUGACUCUGCUCUUCCCGGGUCACAGGAAGCCACCAUUGAUGGGGAUGGGUCUGGGGGGUGGGGGGAGAUGGUUUUUGUACCUUCUUUCUGUUUUCCUUUUCCAAAUACAAUCUUUGAUAAACUUCACUUAUUUGCUCUGUAAAUUUAUUUCCAACACACUUCAAAGAUACUUUUUAACAGCAUCACUUUAAAAACAUAAACUGUGUCAUAAUAUUAUUUUUCCUUUUUGACAGAUUAUUAAUUGUAUUUCCAGUUCACAUAGACUUUAAAAGUGGUCCGUAGUUGUUAGUACUGUACUUUCUCUUUAUUAUUCAGAAUUACAUUCCAUUUAUCCAAAGAUAUAUUUAUGUAAUGUUUCCAAUAUAUAACUCAAGCGUAUAUACAUCUUGAACACAUACAGAGAUGUUACAAAUGUUUGAAUAUAACCCUUAGGAAUUUCUGGUGGAAAGAGUAUACAGGAUAAAAAAAAUAAAUUCUGUCUAUGUGUAUAUGUCCAUCUGCACAUUAGUUAUUAACAUUUGGACAAAUCCCUUAAUAAAGCCAUUUCUUUCUUUGUUGAAGUGCCAGUGGGUUGUCGGCCUCCCCUCUGUGGCUUUCAUGCCAGGGUUGGCAGGCCAGCUUCACAUUUUGGUUUUAGAUUUUGUUCUUCUAUAAUAUUCAUGUAUAUUUUAUGUGGUCCAAUAAAAUGCAUUAGUUUGAUGUGAUUUUCUACAUAGAGUUUUAAAAUAUUUAGCAUUAACUCUUCUACCAAAUCACUCGAGUGAUAAUUGCUACUGGGGUUGUUAUUCUGAUCAUUGUCGGAGACAUUUGAGUGUAUGCAUAAACUGUAUCAAUUAGGAAAAAAAAAAUGUGAACUUGAUCCAUUUGGAUUUCCAGUUUCACUUUAUAGUCUUACAGGCAUAGCAAGUGAUUCAGGGUCACAAGGUGGCGGGCUGCAGAGUUGUUAAAGGAUCUCUAUAUUGUUGAUAUUCUAAUGAUAUUUAGGACUUAGAUAUGAAGUCCAAUUUUCACUGGGGAGGCAUUUCAUGAUUACAUAACCUUUGACCUGGAAGGCUCUGCCUACUUAAUGCGUUAGUCAUCGUAUCCAUAUUAUUCAGCAACCCCCCCCCACCAGCUUUUGUCAUCAAAUUGGAUCUGUAUGUGUCUCUCUCUCCUCUGCAGUUUCCAUACUGUUACUCCUUCAGCUUUGUAUGCAAACCAUCUUUCUUUUGUGGCUCCUGCUAGCUAAUAUAUAACUUUCCUCUGGUUCUCAUUGCAAUUACCUACCAACAUCCUGUCUCUUCCUCCUCCUUCUUGACUAUUGAAAUGGUUCAGAAGUGUCUUAUCCACUCCCAUCAAGCACUGCCUUCAUCUUAGGUGACUUUAAUGCUCAUAAGGCAAACCCCAUGCAACAUUAUAUCUUUAGUUUCUUGGCCUUCUCAGCGCUCAUACCUUUACCUCCUUUUAUUUAGCCACUCAUACCCUAGAUUGACGUUUACAGGAAUCCAGCAUAGAUGGCCUUAAGCAAAGAGAGAUUUGGGGGAGCUUACUGAAAGAUUCAGGGUAGAUGGACUUCGGCAUGAGUAGAUCCAGAGAUUCAACAUUGUUAUCUGGAUUCUUUUUGCUUUUAUCCAUCUUUGGUCUCUUCUGGAUUUGUUUCUCUUUGUGUGUUGGAUUCCCUUUCUCCUUCUGGAGAUGGGUUUCUCUCUGCUGCCAAGAAAGACAGUCCCAGGCAGUUUUGAAGUCUUUACAAGUGAGAAACUGAGCUGAGAAAAAGAGAGAUGCUCUGCCUCUGAUGUCCAUGGAAGAAAUCUCAGAGAAGAGGCUGCUCACCUCUUCUGCGCAUAUACCCACCCCUGAGCCAGUCGCUGUCACCGGAAGGAUGACCUCACUGAUGGGCAUCCCAUGCAAAUCCCUGCCAUUAGGGUGGGAUGGGGUGAGGCUCCAGGGUAAUCUCUUCAACCAGAACCACAUGUAAUAACAGAGGGAAGAUCCCCCAGUGAAAGAGAAUCUGGACAGACACACAACGCACAUCUAUUACCCAUGGUCAAAAUCACCUAGAGCUUCACCUCUGAAAUCUUAAAUUCCCUAUAGCCUCUUACUAGUCCAGAACUCUACCUCUUACUCCCAGUUUGCUGUUCUCCCAGUUUGCUGUUCUCUGCGAUGCCUUGGUGCUCAUAUUUUCCCCCUACUGGACUUGCCGCUCUUCGCUCCAUCUGGAGCUAGCCGAGAUAUCAUGGCUCAUUUCUUCCAUCAUUCUCUUCCUGGUACCUUAAAGUUCUUGUUCCCUUGCCUGUCAUCCUCACUUUGGGAAUUCAUCUAAAUGACCCAUGUGUUUGCUGCUUUCCCUGCCCCAGUGAAUGAGACUGGAGGAAGUCACGUAAAAGCACAGCUAAGGGGUAUAUGCCAGAUCCACAGACUCUGAGCUCCCUGGAGCCCUUUGUACUAAGUGGUAAUCCUUCACCAUUUUCCUGGUAGAUCUCACCGCCAUCUUCCAAAAUGACUGUUGCAAAUAUUCUUCCCCUCAGGGCUCUUGUCUCUUCCUUCUUCACUGUUAGCAGAGAAUCUCGUCUCCUAUUUCACCCAGAAAAUAGAAGCCAUUACAGGAAACACCUUUUAAUAUCUGAUCCUAAACUAACCCGAUGUGUGUUCACACCUUCCUUGCCUCCUCUGCUCCUGUCUCAGGUUGUCCCUCUACCUGUCCACUCGCAUCCUCAGCAGCUUAGUCUUGUUUGUUCUUUUCCUUGCUCAAUGGUGUUGAACCUCACCUUCAUUAAUGGCUUAUUUCCAUUAGCAAUUAAAUAUGUUCACAUCUCUUUCAUCUUAAAAAAAUCACUUCUUCUACUCCACAACUUAGAGCCUUAUUUCUCUCUCUCUCUUCAUAGUUGAGCCACUUGAAAAUGUGGCUUAUAUCGCUCUCUUUUUGGUCUUACCUCCCUUCAUGCCAUCAUCCAUGGCAACCUGGCUUCUGUCUCCACUCACCCAGCUCUCACAUUUUAGUGAGCAAGUCUCUGUUACGUUUGAAGUCCUUAUCUUACUUGAUCUUUCUGUAACAUUUGAUACAGUGACUAUUUCCUUCUUGGAUGUUCUCUUCCCUUAACUCCUGUACUGUGACAUUCAACUCUUUUGUCUCCUGCCUCUCUGGGUGCUUGAGUUAGAUGGAUCCUUUUAAGGUUAUAAGAAACAAAACUGAAAUGAGAAAUGAAUGUAAGGUAUAAUUGUGGCUGGGAAUCUUGACCUCAAUGUCAGGUCUCCAUGGAGAACGAUCACACAUCCUGUAGACCUAGACAAGUCGAGAGUCCCAGAAACUGGAGUGCCCACUUCACGGUACCAUGUGGCUGUCAUGCUGGGUUUUCUCACCCGUCCUAUGGAUGCUGGUGUUCUCUGAUGCCAUGACAAUGCAACUUCUUCCUGCCUCUGCUUCUGCUGGCUCCGCUGAUACCAUCAUCAUCUCUCCACUCUGAUCUCCACCUCUAGCAUCUACUUCUGCUAUCCCCUUGUCUGUGUUUUCUAGUACUUCCUGGCUUUUUUUAUACAGCUUUCCAUUUCUGCUCCCACCGUUAACUGCUCUCACUCUGUGUCUCUGUGUUUUGCCUCUGGAGGGAGAACUUGGUGGGUUUAAUCAGUCUUUCUUCAGUGGGAGCAGCACUUUUACACCACGUCACCUUGGAGACCAGUGACAAGCACGUAGAUUGGUCUCCCUUGGAUCAGGCAUCCAUUUCUGGUCUAGUCUACUGUGGUCACAGAAGUGGAGUCUCAUGUCUCUCUCUUGAAUAUAAGUGUUCCAUGGGGGUCUGUCCUAGUCUCCUUUUCCCAUACUUUAUAUACUCUCAGUGCAUUAGCCUUUGACAUCAGGCAAGUUCCUUAUCUCCCUGUGCCUCAGUUUCCUCAUUUGUAAAAUAGAAAUAAAAUAUCCACCUGUUAUAGGUUGAAUUUUGUCCCUCCCAAAGAUGUUAAAGCCCUAACUCUCCGUACCUGUGAAUGAAACCUCAUUUGGAAAUGGGGUUUUUGCAGAUGUUCAAGUUAAGAUGAGGUUAUUAGGAUGGGCCUUAUUCCAACAUGACCGGUGUCCUUAUAAAAACGGGGAAUUUAGACACAGGAAAAGACACACACACAGAGGGGGAAUGCCAUGUGAAGAUGAGGGCAGAAAUUGGCGUAGUGUAGCUACAAGCUGAGGAAUGCCAGAUUGCCAGCAGGAUACCCAGAGCUAAGAGAGAGGCAUGGAACAGGCUCUUCUUCACAACUCUCAGAAAGAACCAACCGUGCCAACACCUCGAUUUCACACUUCUGGCCUCCAGAACUGUGAGACAAUAAUUUCUGUUGUUUAGGCCAUUUGGUUUGUGGAAAUUUAAUGCAGCCCUAGAAAAAAUGGAAACCCUUUUUUUUCCCCCCAGAAAUAUCCUGGAACAUAAGGGAUACUCAAUGCGUGUUAGCUGGCAUCAUUGUCGUAAAUAUUGCUAACCAGUUCCACCUAUUCUCAUGGCUUUAACUCUUGUCUAUGUGAUGAUGAUGGCAGCUUUUAUUUCUCUAGAUAAGAACUUGGUCCAGCUCUUCACACCCAUGCAGGCAGUAGUGUAGUGUAGAGGAGACACAGGUAGGAUUUGAGCAAACAUAGAUGAGAGCUCAAAUACAGGUUCUCCUGAGUGAUGCGGGCUACUUGAUUAAUCCUUUUGAAUACUACGAUACUUCAGGACUUUGAUAAGAAUAACAAGCACGUUGUCCUCACAGAGUGCCUAUAACCAUUCAAUGAGUUGACUGUGUAAGGUGCACCGCUUGGAACAGGGUGAUACAGGAGCUCAGUGAAUGUGGUUGCAUCCUGUCUGUCCCGCCUCCCGCCUUCCCCCUCAUCUAUCCAAGCAUCUUCUUCCUCCUCAACCCCACAGUCAUUACACCCCACUGCCUCGUACACACUCAGUCUCUGCUUUAAUGCUCCUGGCCCUCGAGAUUGUCCCCUCCCUUCUCCAUUGCAGUCAGAGUGAUCGUUUAAAAAAUAUGAAUGUGAUUCUGUGACUCCUUGCCUCAUGCCCAUCAGUUGUUCCCACUGAUCCCUGGGUCGAGGUCAGCCUUGCUGGCAGGGCGCAGUCUCCCUUCCUCCCGUUCUGUUCUCUGAGUGCCAUAUUGUCUCUGGAACAACAUUUGCAGUUUCCCCAGGGCUCUUUUUCCUCCAGGGCUUUGCAGCUGCUGGCCUGCUGGAUUGUCUUUUCUUCCCUCACUUGAUUGAUUCCUGCUGCUUCUUAGGGACUCAGUUUGGGUAUCAUCCCUAGCCAAGAGUUUUCUUUGAUAUCCUGAGGCCGGGUUAGGUUACCCACCUACGAGUUUCCAUGGUAUCUUGUGCAUAACCCUACUGGCACUUAUUUAUGACAAUCCCUUAUAGUUAUAUCUCCUUUCCUGGACAAGGAAGCAGCAACAUUCAGAGAAGUGAAGGGUCUAGCCACCUAAGCUGGAAUGGAAAUCUUGGCCAAUCUUACUCCUAAGUCCACUGUGCUCACUUUCAGCCGUGCUGCCUCCUGUAGGCUUAUUCAUUGUAUGUUUAGUGUUUAGCCCAUAGUUGAUCUUCAGUAAGCAUUUGAGUGAAUCAGCUAAUGGAAUGGAGUUUGCCUGUUGAAGUGGGCUGACUUUUCCUCUCUUUAUGUACAAAAUAUAAACUGUAUGCACAUUGGAUGGGUUCUCAAUGCAUGAUGAUUUGUAGGAGUAAUUUUAAAUUGGGCAGAUGACUAAUAAUAAGAACUUAUAGACUCGUGGACAUAGAAGACAAACUUAUGGUUACUAAAGGGAAAGGGGAGUGGGAGGAAUAAAUUGGGAAUUUGGGAUUAACAGAUACACACAGAGUUCCGGUUGUGGCACAGUGGUUAACGAAUCUGACUGGGAACCAUGAGGUUGCGGGUUUGAUCCCUGGCUUUGCUCAGUGGGUUAAGGAUCUGGCAUUGCUGUGAACUGUGGUGUAGGUUGCAGACGUGGCUCGGAUCCUGCAUUGUUGUGGUUGUGGUGUAGGCUGAUGGCUGCAGCUUCAAUUCGACCCCGAGCCUGGGAACCUCCAUAUGCUGCAAGAGCAGCCCUAAGAAGC